AUCUGCCAAUCCAAUCACAACUAUUUGGUUGAGCACUUCCCACAACUUCCUUUACAAACUGAUCAAAAUUCCCUGCAACCUCCUACUCAACAAGCUCAGACGGUUCGACUCCACUCCAGCCCUCAUGCAACAUGGGUGUUUUCUCAAUCCUUUAUAAAUACUCUUCUUCUUCCUUUGCAAAAAUCUUUUACAUUUUUCUGCAUUUGACACAUGGUAGGAUUCGGUUAAGGCUUUCAUGCAUUUGGAGUUCUAUUACUCCUCUGAGACUGGAGCAUGAGGGUGGAUUGGACCCAGUUGGAAUCGAUGAGAAUGGAGAAUCCAUGUUGUUAAGGAGAAGAAACAUGCUCAGCAGUUCAGAAACCUACUGCAAGAGGGUCGUAUCGUAUUUAUACCAUCUCCAAUUUCAGCUGUGUUACGGUUGCGAAUAAUGGGCCCGUGGGAAGAUUAGAGAAAAUCAGAUUCAAUGGAGGCAGCCAAGUUGUUGAGGAAGUAGAAGAAGGCACCGUUGCUAUAAAGUGCCGUGUUUUUG